GCCCGGCGCGAGUAGGAGGAGGAGCUGCGGCGGCCGCGGCCACUCCGGCAGGUCCGCGGUACUGCCAGAACCCGCCGACGGCGCGGGCUGCUGGUCCCCGCUGGGAGGAGGCGCGGGCGGCCCCGGGACCAUGGAGUCUGGUGACGCGGCGCGCCCUGGCUCGGGUCGGGCUACCGGGGCGCCGCCGCCGCGGCUGCUGCUGCUGCCGCUGCUGCCGCUGCUGCUGGGUCGGGGGCUGCGAGUCGCGGCCGCGGCCUCGGCCUCCUCCUCUGGGGCGGCGGCUGAGGACAGCAGCGCCAUGGAGGAGCUCGCUACUGAGAAGGAGGCGGAGGAGAGCCACCGGCAAGACAGCGUGAGCCUGCUCACCUUCAUCCUGCUGCUCACGCUCACCAUCCUCACCAUCUGGCUCUUCAAGCACCGCCGGGUGCGCUUUCUGCACGAGACCGGGCUGGCCAUGAUCUAUGGGCUCAUUGUUGGGGUGAUCCUGAGGUAUGGUACCCCUGCUACCAGUGGCCGUGACAAAUCACUCAGCUGCACUCAGGAAGACAGGGCCUUCAGUACCUUAUUAGUGAAUGUCAGCGGAAAGUUCUUCGAAUACACUCUGAAAGGAGAAAUCAGCCCUGGCAAGAUCAACAGCGUAGAGCAGAAUGAUAUGCUACGGAAGGUAACAUUCGAUCCAGAAGUAUUUUUCAACAUUCUUCUGCCUCCAAUUAUUUUUCAUGCUGGAUACAGCUUAAAGAAGAGACACUUUUUCAGAAAUCUUGGGUCUAUACUGGCCUAUGCCUUCUUGGGGACUGCUGUUUCAUGCUUCAUUAUUGGAAAUCUCAUGUAUGGUGUGGUGAAGCUCAUGAAGAUUAUGGGACAGCUCUCUGAUAAAUUUUACUACACAGAUUGUCUCUUUUUUGGAGCAAUCAUCUCUGCCACUGACCCAGUGACUGUGCUGGCAAUAUUUAAUGAAUUGCAUGCAGACGUGGAUCUUUACGCACUUCUUUUUGGAGAGAGUGUCCUAAAUGAUGCCGUUGCCAUUGUACUGUCCUCGUCUAUUGUUGCCUACCAGCCAGCAGGACUGAACACUCAUGCCUUUGAUGCUGCUGCCUUUUUUAAGUCAGUUGGCAUUUUUCUAGGUAUAUUUAGUGGCUCUUUUACCAUGGGAGCUGUGACUGGUGUUGUGACUGCUCUAGUGACUAAGUUUACCAAACUGCACUGCUUCCCCCUGCUGGAGACAGCGCUCUUCUUCCUCAUGUCCUGGAGCACGUUUCUUUUGGCAGAAGCCUGCGGAUUUACAGGUGUUGUAGCUGUCCUUUUCUGUGGAAUCACACAAGCUCAUUACACCUACAACAAUCUGUCGGUGGAAUCAAGAAGUCGAACCAAGCAGCUCUUUGAGGUGUUACAUUUCCUGGCAGAGAACUUCAUCUUCUCCUACAUGGGCCUGGCACUGUUUACCUUCCAGAAGCACGUUUUCAGCCCCAUUUUCAUCAUUGGCGCUUUUGUUGCCAUCUUCCUGGGCAGAGCUGCGCACAUCUACCCGCUUUCCUUCUUCCUCAACUUGGGCAGAAGGCAUAAGAUUGGCUGGAAUUUUCAACACAUGAUGAUGUUUUCAGGCCUCAGGGGAGCAAUGGCAUUUGCGUUGGCCAUCCGUGACACGGCAUCCUAUGCUCGCCAGAUGAUGUUCACGACCACCCUUCUCAUCGUGUUCUUCACCGUCUGGAUCAUUGGAGGAGGCACAACACCCAUGUUGUCAUGGCUUAACAUCAGAGUUGGCGCUGAGGAGCCCUCCGAAGAGGACCAGAAUGAACACCACUGGCAGUACUUCAGAGUUGGUGUUGACCCCGAUCAAGACCCACCACCCAACAAUGACAGCUUUCAAGUCUUACAAGGGGACGGCCCAGAUUCUGCCAGAGGAAACCGGACAAAACAGGAGAGCGCAUGGAUAUUCAGGCUGUGGUACAGCUUUGAUCACAAUUACCUGAAGCCCAUCCUUACACACAGCGGCCCCCCACUAACCACCACGCUCCCUGCCUGGUGUGGCUUGCUAGCUCGAUGUCUGACCAGUCCCCAGGUGUAUGAUAACCAAGAGCCACUGAGAGAGGAAGACUCCGAUUUCAUCCUGACCGAAGGCGACCUGACAUUGACGUACGGGGACAGCACAGUGACUGCAAAUGGCUCCUCAAGUUCGCACACCGCCUCCACGAGUCUGGAGGGCAGCCGGAGAACGAAGAGCAGCUCGGAGGAAGUGCUGGAGCGAGACCUGGGAAUGGGAGACCAGAAGGUUUCGAGCCGAGGCACCCGCCUAGUGUUUCCUCUGGAAGAUAAUGCUUGACUUUCCCCCCAAACCCUGGCACGAUGGGACUGAAGAUUUGAAAAUACAUCCAUGAACAUUUCAACAUGGAACAAAGAAUUAUAGUUCCUUCUCUGGUGAUAUCCAUAAAGAAGUAGUUAUGAAAUGUUUAAAACCAAAGGCAAAUAGUGUUAUACUCUUAUUUUUUAAUUAAUCUGAGGAAAGGAGGUAUUUAGAAACUGAUGAUGGUACCACUGCAAAAAGCAUUCAACUUUUUUUUUUUUUUUGAGAUGGAGUUUUGCUCUUGUCGCCCAGG